AUGAACCUUUUUUUUUUCUCUUCUCAAGAAGUCCAUAAAUCUGAACUUGAUAUUGCUUGAGCUACUACUAGAGCUCUAAGAUAAGCUUCCAUUCUUCAGCAUUACUUGACUUAUGCUAUCUUCUUUCUUUGAAUGCAGAAUUGAUAGCUUGAAACUUCAAGUCUAAUGACUGAUGGAAACUGAGCGAAAAUGUCGAUUAAAAAAAAAUUAAAUAAAAAAAAACUUCGCAUUGCAAAAUGCUUCCCCGAUCAAUGGGAUAAGAGUGAAAAGACAGAGGUAAGGACCUCAUCCAAGUAACAGCUAUCAAACAAAAAUAAAAACGUCUUCAUUGCUUCUUUGACGCUGUUGUUACUUAAUCUGUUCCUGAUAUGUUUUUUUUUUUUUUAAAUAAACACAGGCUGGUCUAGUCUAUCGUAGUUCGAUAGCACCUCCGAGCUUACAUAAACCCUCCGUUUUAAAUACAAUUACUAGCACUUCUCAUAAUCUGCGUCUGAUCACGACAAGACAUCCUUAUUUUCUUUCUUCGGAAUAAAAACGAAUCUUCGAAUAUUUAACAGACUCAGUCAACUGUAGUUACAUUGUGAUCUAAUCUUAGAGACCACAUUGCAAAGUCAGUACUCUUUAGGAACCUAAUUAGGCACUUAACUUCACUGCCUUAUAAAUUUCAAAAGUAUGAAAAAUGUUCCUCUGCCAUUUUGUUGCUAAAAGCUUUCUACACCUUCUGGAAAAGCACUACGUGAAGGCUGAUAAUGGCCGUCAGUCUGACCACUCCCUUUUCCACUGCCAUCUACUUACGUCAUGACGUUAAUUGAAUUAGCCAAUAAACGACGUUUACACGUUUCUACGUUACAGCUCCCAUCUCGAGCCAACUGCUGUUAGUAUGACCAAAAAUGGUUACUUGGAAUAUAUUUUUAAAAAGCAAGAUAACCGCUAGACAAAUGCUAAACAUGACAGCUAAAAAAAAAAACAACUGUUGCGGAAUAACUGACAAUGAUAGCACGAAUUUAUACAUUUGGCUGGCUAAGCCUAGCGUUAGCUCAACAGCCCUCGGCAAAAAAACAAAAAAGAAUCAGGCCUUUGUUCUGACUCAGUAGAAUUUGUGUUUAUCUUCUACAAUCUUAAUCAUUUGCAAUAAAGCAGUACUAAAAAGCGUUUAACAAACCGAAAACACGUUACAUCUACAGAUUUAAAGUACUUGCAUUAAAAUAAUGAUCAAUAAUGCUCAAGACGCUAAAAUUAAACUUGUCGCAAACAUUAGACUAGAUAGAGCAAGGCUAUACAGCUUCGAAAACAAAACCCGAACUUCAAAAGAUCAAAAAAGGAGGAAAAAAAACAAGAUACGGUCAACCUGCAACGCCCAACCACAAGACGGAAAAGCAUCAGCGCGGUGUAAGUUGCGACAGCGUCACCAGCGCUAUUUAUAUUGUUAUAGUGAUACGGCUACAAGAAAAUGUGGUACUCAUCCGCUAAAGUAGUCCCCUUUUUUAAACAAAAACAAACCCAUGUAUUUGUUUAUUUUAGCUUUAGAUUGAAAAUAACACACGAACCAGUGUCCGUGAAUAAACGCAGUACUGUUGAAUUCGGUAAUGAGGCACAAAUAAUUCAGAUUUCUAUUCUUAGAAGCCUUCUAAUAAUCGUUGCAAAUAACACGUUGUUUGGGUGUUUCUGGUUAAUUUAAACUUAAUUUCACCAUUUGCCAACACACGAGUGACAAAACAGCGAGGUAUACUGUAACAAAAAAUUAACCUUUUUAAUAAUCCUACUAAAAACUAACGGUCACAACAGCUGACGUCACGGGAAAUGGUGCGCGGACUAAUAUUUUUUUAGCUGUAACAAGGCCCCGCAAACCGGAUCAAACUAGAACGUAGCGGAGUUGUCGGAUCUACUUGCUUUUUACUGCAGUGACAUGCUGUUUUUUUUUUUUAUUGAAUAACAAAAGAAAACAGCUAGCUCAUCUCCUUUAACUUCGAUGUCCAAUGUACAAUAAAGGUUUUCUUUUUGUGUAAGAUUUAGAAGCUACUGUAAAAAGCUGAUGGUGUUUACAGUCUUUUUUUUUAAAUCAAAUGUAUAGUGUGCUUUCACAGUUCAUGAAUUUCCACGUCAUAGUUUGUACGAUGUUAAACUUGAUUUUUAAUUCAGACAUUAAUGUUAUUAUAGGCUGAAAAGUGUACGCGAUAAAUCCAGAAACGUCUAGAAACAACCAGAGCCUUAAAAUGUGUUGCUGGAGGAAAGGUGGAAAAUUACUAGAUCCAAGCAGUAGUUCCCGAUGUUUACCAGCAGAGGGUGCGUGCAGUUAGUCACGUACCUCGGAUAACAAUGGGAUCACCAUGUUCCUCACACGUGUUUACAUUAACAGGACUGCUUUUUAGCAUUGACUAUAUCAAUGCUAUAUCAAGUCUGGGCAACUUUCCUUAAGCAGCUAUGUUUAUUAUGAUGGCAAGCCACUGAUCAGCAACAAUCCAGAGUGGGGAGCUGUCCUCUGGCUACUUUCAGGCCCCCUCCCGAAUCCGAAUGAAUUGAUCUCUUUCAGAGUUGCCACAAAGGGUGCAGUCAAUGCAAUGCAGCGAUUUGAAAACCCCUGCAUUAUCAUUCAAGUGAUAAUCAAGGAAAACAAAGCUUUUCCAAAGGGUGAUCGGGACCUUGAUGUGAUUAACUUGACUGACCCUCCCAGAAGAAUAAACUGUGGAAAUAAACAGAAAGCCAGUGGAAAUGGAGGUUAUAUGGGUGUUAGAGGAUGAGCUGUGAAAUUUUUAUAAUGAGCAGACGUCAGUCCUCAACUAACAGUGUCAUUUUAGAUCACAAUAUUGAUCUUGAUGAAACAGAGUUUGUACAAAAUCAAAUAACAAGCUUUUGUAUAAAGAACAGGAACAUAAAGGGGAAUGCAGCUGAUGAUGAAAAACCCAUCAGUCACACACAGCAAACCAAAUUACCAACCGUAAUUAAAGUGGAUGCCUGCCACAAUAAAAAAUAGUGUGAUACAAUUUCUAAUUGCUCACUACUUCCUGCAAUACCGCUCAUCCCUAGAGAAUGUAAUUACAAAGGAGUCAGUGGAAAGGUUGCAGGAAACCUCUUAAAAUCAAUGAGGUAGCAUUGUGCAGUUCAAUAGCUUAGAUAUCUAACCCUUAGAUGUGCUUUUUGUAUAUUUAUAAAAAGAAUGAUAGUGAAAACAAAGUAAUAAUAAAUAUUGGUACUUUGUAAUAGGAUAGAUGCCUGAAAUUGGCCCACAGGGCAGAACAAACAUAUGGACAAAUCCCAUUCUGCAAAAAAGCAGAAAAAAGAACAAAAACUGGCGGUUUAAAUGAGCCCAGUUAUAGAUUGUGUUCCACAGGGUUUGAUUCAUUUGUCUGUGAAUGAGGACAAAGGUCAUGCUCUUUCAGUUUGUUCAAUGAGCACCCAGCUGUUAGCACAUCAGAAGUGAUGCAAAGUCAAAACACCACCUAGGAAUUCAUACAGUCCUGCACACAAGCCAUGAUUCCAUUAGUCUGCAGCCAGACCCUGAGGAAGACAAACAUAGUCAUGCAAGUCCUUUAACAGAAGAUAUAAUUACUAAAGAGACUUUUAAGGACUGAACUUCUUUUUAGCUAGAUUAGAAAUUAAUUUGCAUGCUUUGGUAAUUUUUCAUCUUCAGAAUGAUUGCAUUCGUCAGUAAGAUUGUUCUUUGUAACUGACAUCGAGAGAUAAGUUGUAGCUUUACAGAGGAAAAAGAGCAGAGUACCAACACGGAUCACCCUCAGCGCCACCAGUGCAGUCAUCCCAACCAGGACCCCAUCGACAGACUACCACCAGGAAAGCGAGAGGUCAUGGAGAAGUAUUUUAAACCGGUUCAGAGCCCAGCUGAGCUGGAUGAGCUCAAGCCACGGAAAAUCCACCAUCAUCGCCACCAUCACCUUCACCAUAGCCAAGACACUCAGUCACACAGGUACUCAAAGUUUGAUGACACUGACAGGAACACAGAUGACAGCCGAGGACAGCCUCGCCACCAUCAGCACAGUCACUAUCUCCAUGAAAGCCCUCGCCACGAUGCUCACUAUCGCCGUCAGUUUCACCACAGUGAAGAGGAUGAGAUCAUUUACGACCAUGACACCCCUGUAACUCUCUCAAGGGCUUCCUCUUCUUCCCUCUCAUCCUCAUCCUCUUCCUCCUGGUACACAGAGUCAAGCGCAAAUGAUCCUUUCACUCUUUCCCAUGCUGAGCGCCCACAGCAUUCUCUGUCCUGCUCCAAUAUCCCAGAUGUGCGCAUAGGUUUCCGGGAAGAUGAAUGCAGUGAGCCCAUUGUCUUCGCUACCGUCAAACACAGCAAAAAAGGCAAGCUGCUUCAUGAAAGCUCACAGCAAAGAGGGAACACUGGCUUUUCUGCUCUUGACAGAGGUCACAGUCGAAGCGAUGAAGCCUUUUUUCAGAGUAAUGAUAGUGGUGGAAGAGAACAAUCUAAGCAAAAUAACUAUGGGCCUUUGUAUAAGUCAGCUAGUUUGAACCGAUGUCUGGCUUUCAGUGAGGAAAACAUUCUUUUAGGGGUCUCCGGUGCCCCCAAGAGAGCAGUAUCUUCAAACCAGCUACCCAGCAAAGGGAUCCUCAAGAAGAAGGAGACUGAUACUGACAUUCGUAAGUCUAAAUCAAUGGAGGUGUUGUCCCCAAGAGUUGCUAAAGAACAACGUCCUGGGCAGAAGGGUAAAGAAAUUACUCAAGCUAAUACAGAGCAAGCCAGGGCCAAUUUUCUGCAGGAGAAAUUACAGUUCUCUGCGUUUCUAGAUGAGAUUACAAAGAGCGUUAUAAGUCCAUCGUAUCUCACCAGCUUGGGUGUUAAUAAUAAUAAUAAAACUCCUGCAAAAACAUCUGCCUCAGCCCCCACAUCUAACCCAGUUAAGCCUCAGCUCCCACCAAAAAAAACCAGAAAAGCCCCAGAGGAGAAGACGGGUCAGCAUCCCAAACUGGCCAGCAGACAGGAGAAAGCACCUUUUAGUAGUUCUCGAAAACACUCAGACUGCUCCAAUCCUGACAAACUGAUUUCAUAUGCCAUGAGGAACCACCACGGUAGCCCACCGCCUCGUCACCACCCGCACUCUGCCAGCCAAAGCCCACAGCACGGAAGCAACCGUAAGGACAGGAGGCCUACAUCAGGAGACAGAUUUGGCAGAGGUGGCCCUCACCUCACCGAUGAAACUAGCACCAGCCCUGAAACCAGUCAGUCCAAACAACUCCACCACCACCACCACCACCAAAAACAGCAGCAUAGCCAGCAUCCACAUAACCAGCACUUCCACCAACAGUCCUAUCUAGACUCUGGUCACCAAGAACCGAGCAACUCGCCUCCAACUUCAGCCCAAGGUGCAGAGGCAGGGGUCGGAUCUGAGUCUUCAUCCACAAAAUCAGAUUCAUCCAGGGCCAGGGACACAACCUCCACAGCUACCAGCCACAGCUCAGAUCAGAGUGGUCGACAUCAGCCACAACAUGCUGGGCACUCUCAGCAGCACAGGGAUGUGCUGUGUGAGGCUGACCAUCUUCAGGCACUGCAGGAGGAGAAUGCCGAUCUCCACCAGAACUUGCUGCAGACAGUGGUUUGCAUUGAGAGCCUGGAGGCAGAGCUGCAGAGGACCAGAGACGAGCUCAGUCAUGUCAAGGAGAAAUACAAAAGCCUUCUGCAAACACAUACUGGGACCAAGCAGGCCAAUAACUUGCUGGGGGAGCACCUGCACAUAGCGUCCGAGAGCUUGAGCAGUGAAAGGAAGUACUUGCUUAAUCGUGUGUCCAACCUGAGCUCAGAGCUGGAAGACGCCCACAGGACCAUUGCAGCCCUGGAGAACAUUAAUGUGCCAUGCUUGAUAAAGGAACUACUGGAGAAGCAUUUUGAUUCCGCUGAGGCUGUACAGAAGUUUCUCACAACCUCUGCUGCAAACAGCCAUUCUGCCACCUCUCAGCAAACAGAUGGCCAGCCCCACCCUCCUAAAGCAGACAAAGCAGCACAUGAUUGGCUGACUAAACCAGAGGCAGGUCCACAGAGGGUCACAGCUUUCACACCCUUUAAACAGAGUGUACCAGCAACAGGAAAUGAGUGCGGCCUCUCGGGUCAGCAUGAGCCGAGCCACAGCCUGCCUUUCUCUGUGGCUGAGAUCAGCACUGCUAUCUAUAAGAAAAUGGCUGCCAGUUAUGCUGCCAGGCCACAGCCUAUCUACCCCCAAAGCCAACAGCAGUUCUCUUUGGCCACUAAUCAUGCUGACACCCUUCCAGACCUCAGGCAGGGCCAUGUAGCUAGUGAUAACUGGGCCGGGAAGGAAGAGUUAAAGGUAACUCUUUUGGAGCAGGACACUGAUGAUGUGAACUCUGUGUCAGCCCAGCAGAUCCUGGAUGAUUUCAUGCAGCACCUGCAGUUACACAAGGAGGCUGGUGAAAGGAAGGAGCAACAGAGUGGGCAGAAGUGUAGGGCAGAAGUAACAGAGUGAUAAUGCCACAGGCACAGUGGACGCUCAUCUUAAUGCUUCGAAAUGUGCAUUUAUUCAUGUGUCUCAUGAAUAUCUGUCAGAUGGAAAUACUGUAUUUUGAAAAUGCUGUGGUUAAGAAAACUUGAACAUUAUGUUAUUUUAGGCUAUCUGUGAGCAACAAAGGAGGGCUUUGCAUAAUAGUCAGAAGAUUUUCAUACACAAAAAGAAAGAAAGAGCCACAGCUACAUAAAAAACGGAGAAAAAUGGCAGUAAAAUAACAAAAUAACCAUUUAUUUUAUUAAAAAUAUGCUUUAUGUAUAAGUUCUGUAGUAUUAAUUUACUGUCUAUUUUUUUUUACCUUUUAGUUUUCUUCCAAAUUGAUAGUGCAGGCAAAAGGUCAUGGGGGUAGCUGGAGCCUUUCCUAGCAGAUAGGUCACCAGUCUGACGUAGCACUGACACAGAGAGACAACUAGGGCCAGUUUAGAAUCACCAGUUCACCUAACGCCACUAAUUGCACAUCGAACCUUCUCGCUAACCACCUCGUCACCAUGCUGCCCACUUUAUACAGACUACAGAAGCGCUUAAUUGUCUCUGAUAAUAGAUUAUUGACACUGAUGGGAUCAAAUGCGAUCACUUUUAACAAAUUUAAAAAACAGUGAAAGACUGGGAAUUUAAAAGCCGGAUACCUCAAGGCCUUCUGCUGAGUCAACAAUGAAACUAUAUUCAGUGAAUGACUUUGAGUGACAUCGAGAAAACAACAUGAUUAAGGAAGCUAAUGCCCUUUUGGAACCCGCUUAAGUCUCGAGUCAAGGCAUCUCUUUCUUAAAGCAGCAGGUUAUUGUACCAUCAGUGUCACUGGAGACUGUUUUAAUCUACAUUUGUUCAUAAUAAUUAAACCAGACUCAGUUGUUCGUGUUUCUGCUAUAUAUUUGUGUAAAAAUAACUCUUCAGGGACUGCUUUGGAUUUUUCAAACAGUCUAAAUAGCCCUCAUGUGAAAACCUCUUAAAAUUAAUAAGUGUACAAUGAAAAAUACUAUUUUGAGUUUACUGUGCAUUGAUUGGUUUGUGUAAAUGUCCAGAGAUUCAGUGUAAAGGUCUUUAAAUCAUAAAAAGAAAGUCAAAUAUUAUGAUUCAGAAAUGUUUUCUUUGUACUAUUGCAAGGUCUUUACCUUACAAUGUAAAGUGCCUUGAGGCAACUGUUGUUGUGCUUUGGCACUAUAUGAAUAAAAUUGGAUUGAAUGGAAUUGUUGACUUGGGAAAAUCCUUUCAAGCUGAUGUAACUGACAAAUGUGUACAGUUAAAAUACAAAGACAGCUAUUGUGAUGGUGUUGAUAAGCUUAACAGCACGUGUACACCUGGAAUCGAUGUGUUCCUUUAAUUCUGUGCUUAGCAUUCUUCUGGUAUUAAUGUUGUUUUAAUCUAAAUCUCUCUCUACAUUUUGUCAUUAAAAAUACUUCUUCUUUGUGUAUUUGUAUCUAUUCUACCAAUAAAGAUAGUUUUGUUGAUGCAGUA